AUGGAGAAGCCAACACCGCCUCAAUUCAACAUACCGCUCUCUUUCCCCAGCAUAUCUAUCCUGAGUAAUGGUUCAUACACCUCUCAACCCCAAACAAGCGCUUUGGAGAAAAGCUUAGCAAAUUCUACUCCGACAGCGUCAGCUUCAUGGGGUUUGUCGAAAUCGGCAACGUCAAACAAAGAGAGGAAUAAGUUGGUCGUUGUUGGCUGUAAAGAUGGAACGGCGUAUGUUUUACAGACUUCAUUGCCAUCGUUUUCUACUCCAAGUGACCGAUCCCAAUCCAAAGAGCUCCCAAGUUCAAAGAGUGCCACACGGACAGCCAAGUCUUUCCCGUCCAGUUCAGGCACUUCUUCCCCAACUCUUUCCUCUUUCCCUCUUUCCCCGACUUUUAGCGUCACAGCCAAACCCCGUGUUGUAUCUGGAGUCACCACUGACUCCGUUGAAGCACCCAAAAAUUAUGUGGAUUUUGACGACGAGCCUGAUAGAUUGAAAGACAUCCUAAAGGGCAAAAACCCUCGAGAUCGACACAGCAUUUCAGAGAAUAGCUCUGACAGAAAUCCUAGAUCGGUUACACCAUCCAUUAUUGAACCAGUAUCUGUCUCGAAGCGUAAAGGCGCUGCGCCGAGGUCUUUGUUGUCAGCCACAAAUUCUCGGGCUCCCACUCCGACGUCUUUUUCUUCUCCUAAUUCGCCCAUGGAGUCGGAUUCGGUAUCGAACUCUAAUCCCGACCUUGCUCGUGACGAGGUUUGCACUUUGCUCUAUCACGUAAUUCCAUCGCAGUCCGGCUGUGGUUAUCCUGUGCGCUCGAUCAUAUUCCUCCACGACGGAGAUCUUUUUGCAGUUCUUCAAGAAAAUGGAAAUCUGUAUAUAUUCUCGUCAGAGGAUGGAUAUUGUGUUGCCUCCUUUAAAAUUGGCGAGGACAUCCAAUCAAAUUCACAAAAAGGACACAAGGAACGUACUGGACCUAGAGAUGUAUGGUCGUGGUCCAGUAUAAAUAUCGCUUACGUUGAAGAGUCAGUUAUUAUAUUAGCGACUGCUGCUAAUAACAAUGAUAUAUCGGCUCCUAAUUCUGACAAUGAGGGCGUCUCUGCCACUUCACUAUGCGCGCUCCUCGAAUUCGUACUCACACCAUCGGGUGCUUCUCUUCAUAAACUUGGACAAUGGGAUGUCAAUGGUCCCGCUAGUGGGAACGGUAUUCAUGGGAAAUCUGACGGCACGUUUACCUUUUUCUCGACAAGCCAUAAUGGUCACUUGAUUCUGAAAGAGUUGAACCUCAAGGGUUUGCCUUCUCCGCCUGUCAAAACCACAUCAGAAACUGAAGGAAACCACUACGGGCCACAUCUAUCAACACUUCCCAUUCCAAAUCCAUUCAAAUCGAUGAUGACGCGUUCUACGGAACACCUGGUCACUGACAGUAGCGAAAUCCAUAUGCCUCCAGUAAACGGGUUCAAGCCGACGCUAGGUGAACCACACGAUAUUGGAACCAUUAUAGAGGAUACGGCACUGUCAGGGCUCGUAACACGCCACUCAGCGGAUGGAAAUUUUUUUGCUCUAGCUUGGUCUCAUAGAGAGCUUGCCAUGUUUCAAUUCUCACAUCAAUCAAUAACGGUACUUUCUUGCAUUCCUGUCAAUGAAAUUGAAGAUGCAGCAUGGGUUAACGAUGAGAUCUUCGUGCUAUCAUUCGAGGAAAAAUUGGAACAGUAUCGACUAAAGUCCGUUAAUUCAGAUAAUGACAGUGUUGAUAAUGUUGCAUCGGCCAGCUCCACUGCGCAUCUACAAGCAGAACUCAUUUACACUCUGAACGUCGGCGAACACGAUACUAUCAAUUUCUGUCACGAUUCUGCGGUACUUACGAAGUUUACGAAUUUCCCACAGGAGAAACAAUUAAUCGCGUACAACCUUUCAAACCACAAAUUCAUACGAGACCCACACCAAGUUCCCAAGGUUCUCUGGAGCGUGCCUGCACCGACAACCCCCCCUUCAAAUCCGUUUCUCACGUCGAUGCUCUCUUUGGAAUUAGAGCUAAUUAUCCAAGGGUAUUCCGAUGGACUCUUACGCCAGUUCUCAUUGGCUCAAAUGACCCGCAAGACUGAUACCUCGUUAAUUGAAGCUUCGUCCUCUUCGAAGACGUCAGACCGUCGUUUAAAUGGAUCGCUUGUCGGGUUGCAUUUAGUCCAAAACCCCAGAACAAGGGAAAAAUUCAUAGUAGGAGGUGCAGAUGAUGGCUCUAUUGCCUUCUGGUCAUUAAGUAAAUUCGAGCUGGUUGCCCGAUGGACUGUGUUCGUUACGCCUCUGGCAAAGGUCAUCCAAUUUGAAGCGGAUACUACUGGCCCUUUGCGUGGUUGUGCACUAUGCGUUGCCCGUGAUGGGACCAUUGCUGUUAUAAUUGUCGACGGGUUUCAUUUCCGCUAUCUCAUCCCAGGGUCAGUUGCUCCUCUGAAACGCGUGUGCCUCGGAGGAAAUAAUCUGUUGGUGAUUUACGAAGACCGACGUGCCCGGUUAUGGGACUCUCAAACUAAGGAGUUGUGGCGUUCCUUUGGAGAGGACAAGGUCGAGGAACUGUUGAGUCAAGGUGGAUGGAUUGAUAUGUCUUUGGACAAAGAUGCAUCUGUUCCAAAAAGUGUUUGGACUCCUGUAGGGGAUUCAAUUGACAAACAAGAUGCUGCUGCUUCACUGGUUCUUAACCUCGAGAAAAUCAUAGUUGACUCAAUUCAGGUUACGAAAACUAUCAGCACCAGCCGGGAUGAAGUGCGCGAGAUUUUACUGACACUUGAAAGACUCCGCCUCCUACUCUCGGUUCUUAUAACACCUGGUCUUAACUCCGAUGUGGACUCGAUCUGUUAUGGAAAAUUAGGUGCCUAUCCCUCGUCCGCGUUGGUUGGGCUCUCUAGUCCUGGGUCCACAACGCUUGUACAGCAUGACCGGCCUCAAGACGUGUGGCGGAUUUCAAGCGUUCUAACGGCAUCUCGAGCAUUGGCAAUUAUUGCAGUCCUCCGUGCCAUGAGCCUCUUUGAAGAUCUAACCGAAGGGGCAACAACAGUCAUAUCAUUUUACUCCGCCUCUCUUUCGACUUGUGUUGGUUCCCAAUUUAAAGUCCCAAGUCUGGAGUUCCUUGGAAAACUUUGGUUUGAAGCUUCCAAUGAACUAAGACAGCCAAUUCGAACUCUUUUCAACGCGACUGUCUCCAACAUGACAGAUGAAGAAUCUAUUGCGAUUACGGAGAAGUGGCAGCAUUGUGUACCUUCACUGCAACCUGAUGCAGAGAAGGAAACCGAGAGUGCUGCCUUGGCCUUGUUUAUCUGUGGAUCUAUUGCGUCAGAGAAGUUUACUCUUCUAUCUCCUAGCGCAUUAACAGAUAUAUCGAAAUCUAUCAGUCUCUAUCUAACUGAUGAAAAAUCUGUCUAUCGAAUAUUAGCCGUCGACCUCUGUUCCCGUGGCUUCAAUGUUUGGCAACACUACAUUGACGCAAUGGAUAUCCUUCGAUCGUUAUUUGAUUUGGCCACGAGCGUGCGCAAGGAUUCGAUAUCUGUGCAAAACAUAGGGACGCAAGCAAGAUUAGCGGUUUUGUCUAUUGCAUCAAACAAUAUGCCCUUAUUCAUGGGCACACUUUGUCUGGAUAUUCUUUCUCCACCUUCCGUCGAGCACCAGCGGUCCGUAUUACAAAUUCUAGCCUUUUUGAUUAGAAAGCGACCGUACAUCUUACAACCUAGCCUUCCUCGUUUGAUGGAGGCCGUCGUGAAAUCUUUGGAUCCUAACUCGACGUCAAAUCGUGAAGUAGUACUGGAUACCGCCACCGAGAUCAUCGGUUAUGUUGUUAAAACAUACCCAUCGGUAGACUUUCAUAUGGCUACACAAAGGCUAGCCGUGGGUACGAAUGAAGGAGCCGUUGUGAUGUACGAUUGCAAGAACGCUAUCCGAUUAUACGUACUUGAAGGGCACAAGAAACCUAUAACAGCUUGUAGCUUCUCGCCUGAUGGAAGAAGGCUGAUUACAAUUUCGUUGAAGGACUCUAGUGUCCUUGUAUGGAAAGUCGGCUCGAGCUUUGCGAGUUUCUUCAACCCUGGCGCUCCACCCCGACAAGGCCAUGGAGGAUCACAACCAUUCAAAACACUAAACUUCAAUAUCGGCUCUGAAGCCGACAUGACGACUGCGGAGACACUGGAACUAGUUCGAAUCGAGUGGAUCGCAGAUAGAAGCGUUAGAGUCAAGAUACGUCAAAGUGUCAUGACUUUUAGCACUUGA